AUGGCCGGCGCCGCCGCGCUCCGGCGAUCCGCUCGCCGAAUUUCCCGGCACCUCGCCGCUGCCCCCGCGUUCUGCCGCAGUGCGCUCCAGCAGCCCGAGCGCCUCCUGUCGUCGCAGGCGUCGCCGGAGCACGGCGCGCGCGGCGCGGUGUCCGGGUCGGAGCUGGCGCUGUACCCGCCGGAGCGGGUCCGGAACUUCUCGAUCAUCGCGCACGUCGACCACGGCAAGUCGACGCUGGCCGACCGGCUGCUGGAGCUCACCGGCACCAUCCAGAAGGGACAUGGGCAGCCCCAGUACCUCGACAAGCUGCAAGUUGAGAGAGAAAGGGGGAUUACGGUCAAAGCACAAACAGCAACCAUGUUCUACAGGCACAUUACUGCAUCUCAGGACUCAGAUACGCCAAGAUAUUUGCUUAAUCUGAUUGAUACGCCAGGCCAUGUGGAUUUCAGCUAUGAGGUAUCCAGGUCCCUUGCAGCUUGCCAGGGCGCUCUUUUAGUAGUUGACGCAGCACAAGGAGUACAAGCUCAAACAAUAGCAAACUUUUACCUUGCAUUCGAAUCAAAUUUGAGCAUCAUUCCUGUGAUUAACAAGAUUGAUCAGCCGACUGCUGAUCCAGAUAAUGUAAAGGAUCAAUUGAAGAGGUUAUUUGACAUUGAUCCAAGUGAAGCUCUGCUUACUUCUGCCAAGACUGGUAAAGGCCUUGAACAGGUAUUGCCUGCUGUUAUUGAACGCAUACCUUCCCCACCCGGGAAAUGUGAUGCACCUGUACGGAUGUUGCUUUUGGAUUCCUACUAUGAUGAAUACAAAGGAGUGAUUUGCCACGUUGCUGUUGUUGAUGGUGCUCUGCGUAAAGGUGAUAAGAUUGCUUCGGCUGCAACUGGCCGUGCAUAUGAAGUUCUUGACCUCGGCAUUAUGCACCCUGAGCUUACACCUACUGGAGUUCUCUACACUGGACAAGUUGGAUAUGUUAUUAGUGGAAUGCGUUCAACUAAAGAAGCACGCAUUGGUGAUACCCUUCACCAGGCAAAGAGUACUGUCGAGCCACUUCCUGGUUUCAAGCCUGCGAAACACAUGGUCUUCUCUGGUCUCUAUCCUGCUGAUGGUUCUGACUUUGAAGCUCUUAACCAUGCGAUUGAGAAACUAACAUGUAAUGAUGCCAGUGUCUCUGUUACAAAGGAGACAAGCAAUGCACUUGGCAUGGGAUUCAGAUGUGGCUUCCUAGGAUUGCUACACAUGGAUGUAUUCCAUCAACGGCUUGAGCAAGAAUAUGGAGCUCAAGUCAUAUCGACCAUACCAACAGUACCUUAUAUUUUUGAAUAUGGUGAUGGAAGCAAGGUGCAAGUUGAGAACCCUGCUGCUUUGGCUUCGAAUCCUGGAAAGCGUGUAGCAGCCUGUUGGGAGCCCACAGUUAUUGCAACAAUCAUUAUCCCUAGUGAGUAUGUUGGUCCUGUCAUUAUGCUUUGUUCAGAAAGAAGGGGCGAACAGCUAGAAUAUACAUUUAUCGAUGCCCAAAGGGCUCUGUUGAAGUACCGGUUACCAUUGAAGGAGAUAAUUGUGGACUUCUACAAUGAGUUGAAGGGCAUUACGUCUGGCUAUGCUACUUUUGACUAUGAAGAUUCUGAAUACCAACAAUCUGAGCUAGUUAAGAUGGACAUCCUUCUUAAUGGUCAACCUGUUGAUGCUAUGGCAACUAUAGUGCAUAACCAGAAGGCUCAGCGGGUUGGAAAGGAAUUAGUGGAGAAGCUCAAGAAAUUUAUAGAAAGGCAAAUGUUUGAGAUCACAAUACAAGCAGCAAUUGGUUCAAAGGUUAUUGCAAGGGAAACCCUGUCAGCAAUGAGGAAGAAUGUUCUGGCCAAGUGCUAUGGUGGUGACAUUACUCGGAAGAAGAAGUUGCUAGAGAAGCAAAAGGAAGGCAAAAAGCGCAUGAAACGUGUGGGAUCUGUCGACAUUCCUCAGGAAGCAUUUCAUGAGCUACUGAAGGUCUCCAAUUCAAAAUAG